AUGCGCGAUAUUACAUUUGGGACGAUCCUUACCAUUGGAAUCAUUGCUCGGAUCAGGUAUGGCACUCCACGAGCAUUAAUCAGUGAUAGAGGGACUCAUUUUUGCAAUAAGCUCGUAAGUGCACUUAUGGAGAAAUAUAGAGUGACUCAACGAAUUGCCACUACUUACCAUCCACAAACAAACGGGCAAGCCGAAGUGUCAAAUCGAGAGAUCAAGUCUAUUCUGGAAAAGACGGUUAAACCUAACAAGAAGGAUUCGAGUUUAAGACUGAAUGACGCACUUUGGGCUUAUAGGACAGCUUACAAGAGACCAAUAGGCAUGUCACCUUUCCGAAUCGUUUUUGGUAAACCGUGCCAUCUUCCGGUCGAGUUAGAGCACAAGGCUUUUUGGGCAGUUAUGCAGUGUAAUAUGGAAGUGGAAUUCGCGGGAAAAUCCCGAAAAUUAGAUAUCUAG